CAGACAUGUCCUUCAUCAGGUGCUAAGGGUCCAAAUUUUGACAGGCACCCCCUUAGCUCAUAGCAAGGUGCAGUGCCAGUAAGUAUAGUCAUAUAUAGAACAGGAAUGUCAGAAGAGUUGUCCUUCAAUUGUACGAAAUUGUGGGAACUCUGGGAAGUGGUGUAGUUUCAAAUCAGCUGAAUGGCAGCAAGUCGCACACGGUCAAUGUGUCCCAGGUCGGCUCUCAACCCAUUUACCGGCUCAGGACCAAUCAGAGCGCGGGAGGGAGGGGCCUAUUACAACUUUCUCUUGUGCGAGGAACUUGAGAGAGACAAGCGCUGUCAGAAAGUGAAUGUCCCGGCGCUUUACCUCACGUCCUACUCUCUGUCGCACCCGGGAUAUUGUUAUUGGAUUAUUCCAACGUGCCCGGGACAUGUGGCAGCUCAUUGGCUGAUAUCCAGCACAAACCACAACUGCAAAGCAUGGGGGACUCGCUGGGAGGAUGGACUGCCCUGAUUCUGCUCUGCUGCCUUACUAUAUCGCCCGGGACAAGCCAGAGUGUGUGUUCUGGAACAAUGAAUGGUCUCAGUGUGUCCGGUGACUCAGACUACCAGCUUCUCACCUUGAAGAACAUGUACAGCAAUUGCAGUAUUGUCAUGGGCAACCUGGAGAUUGUACUAAUUGAUAACAAAGGGGACUUGUCCUUUCUAGAGUCCAUACAGGAGGUGACUGGAUAUGUUCUCAUUGCUGUCAAUAUUUUCACGUACCUGCCACUCAAAAACCUGCGUGUGAUCCGAGGAGCUCACCUCUAUGACAAAAAGUACGCCCUGUACAUGUCGCUCAACAACCAGAUUAAUGGCUCGCUGGGCAUCCAAAAACUUGGCUUCCACAAUUUGAGAGAAAUCCUGGCUGGUGGAGUUCACAUAACCAAAAAUGAUCACCUGUGCUUCACUGACACCAUUGAGUGGAAAGACAUUGUACAAGAUUCUACUGCAACGAUUGAGAUCAAGGAAAAUUCAGAAGCCUGCAAACCCUGUGACCAGGGGUGUGAUGGAAAAUGUUGGGGACCAGAUAAAACAGAUUGUCAAACAUUGACAAAGACCAUUUGUGCAGAGCAGUGUAACGGACGUUGCUUUGGCAAGAACCCUACUGAGUGCUGUCACGAUGAGUGUGCUGGGGGCUGUAAAGAUUCCUCAAACCUCAAUUGCUUUGUAUGUCGUCACUUUAAUGAUAGUGGAGCCUGUGUCCCUCACUGUCCUCAGCCACUGAUUUACAGCAAGCUAACGUUUCAACUGGAACCCAACCCAGAUGCCAAGUAUCAAUAUGGAGGCUCAUGUGUCAAAAGUUGCCCUCGAAAUUUUGUUGUUGACCAAAGCUCCUGUGUACGUGCGUGCCCCAGUAACAAAAUGGAGGUUGAAAAAAAUGGGGUCAAGAUGUGUGAGCCAUGUUCUGGGCUAUGCCCUAAAGCCUGUGAUGGGACCCUGUCUAGAGGUACAUACCAGACUGUGGAUUCCAGUAACAUUGAUAAAUUCAUUAAUUGCACCAAAAUCCUGGGAAAUUUGGACUUCCUCACUAUUGGAAUUGAUGGAGAUUUGUGGAGAAACAUCACAGCUCUAGACCCCAAAAAACUGAGUAUCUUCAAGACAGUGAAAGAAAUAACUGGGUAUCUGAACAUUCAGUCUUGGCCAAAGAGCCUGACAGACUUUAGUGUAUUCUCCAGCCUCAGAACGAUUGGUGGCCGGACUCUCCAAAGCCGAGGCUACUCGCUGCUUGUGAUGAAAAACAACAAUGUGACGUCAUUGGGUUUCCGCUCGCUGCAGGAAAUCAGCGCAGGCAAAGUAUAUAUUGCAGAGAAUCAGAAUCUCUGCUAUUAUGACACUGUGAACUGGAGAUCUUUGUUCCCAACACCUCACCAGACCACUGAAAUCAAGGGAAACAAAAAGAAGAAGAAGUGCGAGGAGGAAGGGAAGGUAUGUGAGGCUCUCUGCUCUGACAAAGGAUGCUGGGGUUCUGGACCAGACCAGUGUUUAUCCUGCAGAAAUUACAGCAGAGAUGGAGUAUGUCUACAAUCCUGUAACUUCACUAACGGAGAUGAACGGGAAUAUGCCAAGGGAGGUGUAUGCGUUCAGUGUCAUGAAGAGUGUCAGAAAAUGGAGGGAAGGUUGUCUUGCAAUGGAUCUGGUCCUGAUGCUUGUGUGCAAUGUGUUAACUAUAGGGAUGGUCUACACUGUGUGAACCAUUGUCCAAAUGGGAUUUUCGGAAAAGACAGACCAAUUUUCAAGUACCCCGAUGCUAACAAGAACUGUCAGCCAUGCCAUGAAAACUGUACUCAUGGGUGCGCAGGACCUGAACUUAAACAUUGCACUGGAAAUACUGGCCGUAUAAUUUCAAGUAACACUCCCAAGGUGGUGGUAGCGGCAGUAGUGGCCACCAUCUUUAUCCUGUUCUGCUGUGCCCUGCUUGGCACUCUAUACUGGAGAGGACAGAAAAUCCACAAGAAGCGAGCUAUGAGGAGAUAUCUGGAGAGGGGUGAGUCUUUGGAUAUGCUGGAUCCUUCAGAAAAAGCCAAUACAGUGCAGGCACGGCUCUUCAAAGACACAGAACUGAAGAAACUGAAGAUCUUGGGCUCCGGAGUAUUUGGCACAGUGCAUAAGGGUGUCUGGAUACCAGACGGAGACUCAGUAAAGAUACCUGUCUGUAUUAAAGUUAUAAUGGACCGGACCAGUCGCCAGACCUUCCAUGCAGUCACUGAUCACAUGCUAGCCAUUGGAAGCCUGGACCAUACCUACAUUGUGCGUUUGUUGGGGAUUUGCCCAGGCUCACAGCUACAGCUGGUCACAGAAUACCUGCCAAUGGGAUCAUUGCUUCAACACGUGCGCAAAAACAAGGACACUGGUGCCAUUGGUCCUCAGCUUCUUCUGAACUGGUGUGUGCAAAUUGCAAAGGGUAUGUGUUACCUGGAGGAACAUCGAAUGGUUCACAGGAACCUCUCGGCUCGGAAUAUUCUCAUGAAAAGUGUCAAUCAGGUGCAGGUGUCGGACUACGGUGUGGCAGACUUGCUGUACCCAGAUGACAAGAGAUUUUCCUACAAUGAGAUUAAGACUCCUGUGAAAUGGAUGGCUCUGGAAAGCAUACACUUUGGGAAGUACACUCAUCAGAGUGAUGUAUGGAGCUAUGGAGUUACUCUAUGGGAAAUGAUGACAUUCGGUGCAGAGCCAUACACAGGGAUUCGUUUUUCAGAAGUUCGUGACCUCCUAGAAAAAGGGGAGCGGCUAUCCCAACCACAAAUAUGCACCAUUGAUGUCUACAUGGUAAUGGUGAAAUGCUGGAUGAUUGAUGAAAACAUUCGCCCUACUUUCAAAGAACUCGGAAACGAAUUUACCCGUAUGGCUAGGGAUCCCCCUCGCUACCUGGUUAUUACGCUGCAGUCCCCACUCCCAGGGGAUCCAGCACCUCUGUCUGAGAAACAAGUGAGAGAUCUGGAGUCUGAUGUGGACACUGACAUUGAUUCAGAAGACAUUGCAAUGCCGCCUAAAACUCCAACUGCCCUAUAUUCCUCACGACAAAGAAUUGACUACUCUCGGAGUCAGAGUGCACUGAGCUCUAUCGCUGGGUACCUGCCUAUGAACCAGAGCCUUUGCAGCUCCUCUAGGAAGGGAACAAUGACUUGUGCAGAACUAAUCCCAAGACAAGGGACACGCAGAAGAGAAGACUCACUUGGAAGAACAGUGUCAGAGUCAUCAGAGGGUUGUUGUACUUCUACAGAGCAGGACACAAUAGAGGACAAAUCUGAUGGAGGAGGAAGCCUGAGCUGCAGUGCCGAUUCCCGCCUUGACAACGCAUAUCGUUCGCAAAGAGAAAGACUCCUUGCUGGAACCCCAGACGAUGGCAGCGAGUAUAUCAUGCCAGGGCUCAGUCAGAGUGAAAUUUCACAAGAUGGAACACUAACACCCCAAGAGUCUAGAUCCCUGACUCCAUGCCUGGACAAUGCCACCGACGAAGAGUAUGAAUACAUGAACAAAAAGAAGCCCGGCUCAAAAGAGAAGCUGGAGUACGAAUAUAUGGAUAUACGUGGGACAGAAGAUACAAGCAAUGAAUGCUUAGCUUUCUCCCCUGCAGAUGAUGACAAAGAUGGCGAUUAUGAGUAUGGGAAUAAGGAGGACUAUGAGUAUAUGAAUGAGAAAGGGAAAUGCACAAGUAGGGAAAGCUUAGGAGAUGGUGACCUGGAGGAUUACUCUUAUAUGAACCGAAGUGGGAAGGUGAAAGUUGAAACUAUAACUGAGACUAAACAGGGCUAUGAAGACAUGAACUUGCAAUUGGACAGGCCCACAGUCGUUCCACAGACCUGCCAUAGAGAGGCAUUGCAAAAAGGCUACCACCAGACACUCAGGGCUUUAGAAGCCAAAGACUGUGCAUUUGAUAAUCCAGACUACUGGCACAGCAGGUUGUUUUCUAAAUCAGACCUACAGAUGACAUAACAAUUGUAAAUGGAAUUGUGAAAACACAACCACUAAGCUCCAGGAGCAACUGAAAGACUUGGAUCUUCUGUUCUUACAUAAGAAUACUACAUGGAUCCACUUUUACACGGUAGCAAGAACUGAUAAACUGAACCCCAUGCAACGUCACAAUGGUGGGUAGUUCAGAAUCAUAUUGUUCAGUGACAUCGGGAGGCACAUUUAUUAAAGGUUGAAUUUCCAUUUUUUAAACUUGAUUACAUUCGAAUAUACUCAAAAUUAGACUGGGGGGUUAUUUAUAAAAAAAAAAUCAAAUAUCUAAAACUAUGAUGAAGUUUACUGACAAAAACUCUAAUUCGAAUCUAAUUUGACUAAACUCUAUUUGAGUUUUUUCUCCUUAAAAAAAAAUGUGAAUGUCGUGAAGGCUACUAACCUAUCCAAAUUGGUCCCUGGACCUCUCCCAUUGGCUUAUACAUGAACUCGGCAGAUUUUAGGUGGUGAAUAGUCAAAUAUGAUUUCUUAAAGGGCCAUAGUAUGAUAAAAAUUGACAUUCGAAUUAAAAGUGGAUAAUUUACAAUUUUGACCAUAAAAAAAAAAUUCUAAUUCUAAAUCUAAAUUUUUCUAUUCGACCCUUUAUAAAUCUGCUCCGUAGAGGAUGCAUUUAGAGUUUGGUUCAAGUUUGAAUAUGCACAUUGGGAUUUGGUGUUUGGCCGAAUCUUUUGAAGAAGAUUUGAUAUUUGGCCAGAUCCAAUCAUUAUGGCUUUGGUGCAUCUCUAGUUCUUUUUACUCCCUAUAAGAGAAGAAAGUAAAUGUCAUAAAUAAGCAAGAAAUGACAAAGCUGAGUAACUCUCUAUCACUGGAUAAAUACUCCAAUGACACUAAACUGAAUGUAGCAACAAUGCACUUCAUGGGCAGCGGCAUGCAGCAUUUUCUCUGUGUUUUUUUCCAUUUAUUACAAUGGGAACUAAACUGAUACAACCACCGAUGAAUUGUUGCAGUGGAGAGACACAGUGUGAGAUGCACAAUUGGAAUCUGAGAACUGCAGCAUAUACUGUAGGUCUCUGAAUGUUGCUUUAUCGUGAAGGAUUAAAGCAUGGAUAGUGAUAAUCUAAUGAAGCUCUGAGGGUUAGUGGAGAAUCCAGUAAACUGCACUGAUAAUAUUAUGGGUAAUAUAACCUGACAUUGUAACACUUUUAUAAGUACUCUGUUUUUAGAGGGAUUCUGUUAAAGGGAUACAGGUAUGGGACCUGUUGUCCAGAAUGCCCAGGACCUGGUGUUUCUAAUUUAAAUCGUCAUACUUACUAGAAAAUCAUAUAAAAUAAACCCAAUAGACUGAUUUUGCU